CUCUUCCAUCGUCGUCGUUCCCCAACACAUCACCCAUCGCAUCCCACCCCAUCACCAGCAAUGGCAGCGUAGCCCCCCUCGCUCAUCCACCCACCUCGCUCAGCAAGCAAGCACCUCCUCCUCCCGCCAUGCCCCGCUCCGACGAGGCCCAGGCCUUCUUCUUCGCCGUCUACUCCGCCGUCCAGGAGAUUCCCUACGGAAAGGUCACGUCCUACGGGCACAUUGCCAGGCUCGUCGGCACGCCCCAGCGCCCCCGUCAGGUCGGCGUCUGCAUGAAGCACCUCCCCGCCGACCCCUCCGCGCGCUUCAACAACUCCAACGUCCCCUGGCAGCGCGUCAUCAACGCCAAGGGCAUCAUCUCGCCACGCUCCCAGCCCGAAGGCGCCCGCAACCAGGCAGAGGCCCUCCGCGCCGAGGGCGUCGAUGUCGCCCGCGGCGCCCUCGGCGAGCUGACGGUCGACUUUGACGAGUACGGCUGGUUCCCCCGCGCCUUGCCCUCGGGGGGCGAUGGCGGCGCUCUCAGCAGCGACGACGACGACGGCGGCGGCGGCGAAGAGGCGGACGAGCAGGUCUGACGGCGGGCAGGAAGCACCUAGCGGACGUGCCUUAUCCCCUCAUCUUCCGUGACCCCCGCGCAGAGAGAGCACCCGCAGAGCAAAGAGGUCAUCACCAUCACACUAAAAUAAGUGCAAAUGGCACGAGAGCGGCACCAUCUAUCAAGAAGCAGACGAGAGAAAAGGGUACAAUUGACCAUGUUCGUCACACUCAUAGGCAAUCUAUACACACGGACACUACAACUGCUCUCUACGCAUAUUCAAAGCUCGGCAGCUUCUCCUUCCGUCUUUUCCUCACCCACGCUUCUCAAUAACACGCACGCCCGCUAAACCGCCACCCGUCCGUCUCCUCCCUCCUCUCACUCCCUUUGUUCGCGCCCCCGGCAGGGUAUGAUGAUUGUAUGUACGUGGUAUUUGUGCCCGUCCACGCGACAGAAAUAUACGGCAAAGCAGUCAUUCUCGCCCCAACUCCUAGCCGGUGCUUUGGGAAAAUCCGACACGUGCCAAAAAAGUCGUUCGUCAAACAUGGCGGGCGGCGGCGGCGCGAGCCUACCGGCCGCCCAGAACCGAACAAAAAAAGAGAAACGG